CGGAAGUCAGUCAGUGGUUUGAACCACCCAUAGUCCCCGGCGGGACUUGGAGAGUAAGUAGCCUCUUCGUCACAGUGGAGGUGAGUGAGUAUACUGCCUAUUCGUACUAACAAAUGGACAGGAUGCUGGACCCUGCAUCUCUCGUGACUACACUUGUGUCUCUCCUAAUCAUCAACAAACUCGUGCACGCCCAGUUUUAUGACCCUCCCACUUUAGGGGUCAGGUACCCAAACUCACUGAUCCCAACCAUUUCUUUCCUUUGCAUCAUCCUUUUACAGCUGCUACUCUCUUCCCGACGUCUUUCAGGCGCCACUCCCCUUUGCCUAUUGAGCUAUCUUAGGUGCCUACCUACGUAUUAAUAACACAAGCUCCCAGCCUACCUGUAUCUAUGAUCGUUAUCCGAACAAACGCAGUCGCCGUCACGUCAUCGCACGCGUCCAUGCUGUGAACGAACCGAACAUGACAAGCCCCGCAACUCAACACCCAGACCUCCCAUCACCUGAGGCUGCAGUCUAUCGCGUCCAGCCUGUGGGUUGACCACGGCUACGGCCUUUUUUCUCUCUCUUUUCUGGAAACUCCAAACGCCUCAGCACAUAAUCGCUUAGCAAACACUCGCGAGGCCCCCGGCGGCCUGGCAGCCAGCACGACGAGAUGGCGACUCUCUUCCAGUCCUUCCGGGGCUCGGCCAUGCCCAAGCGACUGCUUCGCUACGCCCUUGCACGUCUCGACCUGCUCGACUCGGACGCACUUGACCUGGACAAUCUAGAUCUCGCCAUCGGCCGGAAUACCGUGUUGGAAUUUCGUGAUGUUGGCAUCAAGCUUCCAAAACUGGCUAAACUCCUCGGCCUGCCACCUACAUUCACCCUACUAAAAGCCAAGGUUAUCCUGCUCCGCGUCACGAUCCCAAUGGACAUCUACAGCAGCUCUCUGAAAAUCGAGGUAGACCGGGUCGAUGUUCAGCUCAAGGUGGAUUCCAAGGAUGAUAUCGAUGGAAGGUCCCGGACUACAAUACGAGGGCCUACGGAUGUGGUGCCCAACACCGUUGAUUUGGCCCAGUCUUUCUUGGAACAGCAGUCACCGAAAGAGAAGGAGGAGUUGGAAGCAGCCCUUUCCGCAGAGACGCAAGACGUUGGGGGUUCCCUUGUUCUCGGCGAGGACGAGGAUGAGCAAGACGAGGGUAGCUAUGGAACAGGCCAGGCCCUCUCAUUGCCUGCCUUCCUUGCCAACUUUCUCCAGGGCAUUGUGGAUCGCACUCAGAUACAGAUCCGAGGAGUUACCUUUCAGCUCGAUGUCAGUGUUCCUUUGGAACCCAACUUGAAUGCCCCGGAUGUUGUCACUGUGAAGCUUGCACUCGGUCAGAUCGAUGUUGAAGGGGUCACCACAAGCCUUGGAUCAGAUGAACAGGACCGCCCCAAGUUUGUUCAUAAAGAGGGAAAGCGUCUUGUAUCUCUGCAGGAUAUCACCGCAUUCCUCAUCUCCGAAGCGAAUGUAUUCUCGACUUUUGAGAGGACCACGUCUGUUCCACCUUCACUCAGCCCACAAUCUUCAGCUGCGUCGGCCCUGAGAAGUCCGGUAUCACGAGAAUCUACAUCCAUGCCUUUCCAGGAGCAAGAAGUCGAGGGGCGGUCGACGCAGCUUCCUAGUUUUGAAGAUAAUCUGGGGGACAGUGAGGCCGCACUCAACAUACCCUAUGACCUGAGUGAUGAAGAUGACCAGGAACCCGGGAACAAGACAGCAGCGUCAUCAAUGUCUACACCAAGGGCCUCAAUCCUCCAUGACCACUUGGCACAUCAAGACGAAUCGUCCUCUUUCCUGCAAGGUUUUACGCCAUAUACGGCAGCGACACCGGGCAUACAUCUUGAUGCAGAUCAGAUGGACGAAAUGUCACCACAACCUGCACAUGAUCUAUCAACACACAAUCAAAUAUCGCUGUCCAACUCGGUACUCUCAAAUUCCAGCAGUGGAAGCUCAGGCCAAGAACCCACCGAAGACCUCACAGAAUCACAUCUUUACACGCAUGAAGACGCAGAAAGCAUGUAUAUGAGCGCCUUUUCCCAACAUGAACCCACCCCGCAAAGUGUGGUGCCGAAUGAGUUAUACAUAGAUCCAAGUGAGUCAAGCGUAGGGGUAUCCUCGCCACAAGGAACCAGAGACGAACCAAGUUCAUCGCUGGGCGCAACGUACGGUCUCGAAGACUCCCAAGCUUCCUCAACAAUUGGGUUUCAAGGGCUGAAGACGUCGCCGGGGCUGGAUGCAUCCACCAUAUCGGAACAAAGUGAUUCCAGUCCUGCCCCAAUCAUUCCUCCUUCGUCGGAUGGAAAUACCGAGGCAGGGCCAGAGUCGUCAAUCCAAGGAGAGCGGCAUGAUAGGAAAUCUCAAUCACCGAACGAGUGUCUAACCCCCCGCGAGCCAACCCGGCUUGCCAAGAAGGUGUUGGCCCUCGACACGCUUUCUCUUUACCUGCCCUCGUCACAAAAGAGUGUGCACGUUGUCCCACUCGACGGCCAAUCGUCGCCUGGUGAACCUCAACCCCUGAGUCCUAGCCUUGCCAGUUCAGUAUUCCCUCAUGUCCCCGGUGCGUUCGGUGCGAGUACCUCAUUGCCUCCUAGCCCCCCUCCGAUAAGUCCUACGUCUAUUGAACUGGAUAACCAAGAGCCCAAUGACGGUAUCCUUGAAGCAAUCUUAUCUCCCAUUAGCAUCCAGUUUGAUGCCUCUAUUGGCUUUAUUCUGGCGAUGGUGGUCUCAAGACUGCUUGGAGCUAUCAGUCCUAGCAAGGAGGAACCAGCCCAACAGACAGCGAAGGACAACCCGAGCGCAACGAACCAAGCAACGGAUCAUCAAGCCGUCAAAGUGACUUUGCAGGCCGUUUCUAUACUGUUCUUGGAGCGACUUGGUGGUGUUUCCGAAGCUCCAGACAGCAUCUUUGGUGUACGCACUUCAAAAUUCGAUGAAGAUAUACUUCUGCAAGCGCAGCUGCGAAAUGUUCAGUGUUUGUUGUCAUCAGACGAAACGGUGAUCGAUGCCGAAGGCUUCACGUUUGGAUAUGCUGGGGACGAUAACCACAUCAUCUCAUUUGACAGGAGCAAAGAGAUGAUGGCCUCCGUCAAAGAUGCUGUACCAUCACCAGGCUCGGAAGUUUCCAUAAAGCUCAAGAAGGGGGGGCCGUCUUCCAAAAUUGACAUUGCAACGUUGCCACUUCAGAUAUGCCUCGAUCUUCGCCGCCUCGACGAGACUUUUAGCUGGUUUGGCGGUUUGAGUAGCUUCCUUAAUAUGGGCUCAUCCAUCGCCUCCAUCAAUGGCAUCGGCAACUCCCAGCCCGCAAAGCCACCAGCACGUCCGGCCUCCCGAGGUGUCAAGUUUGACACUCCCAUAAAUCCAGACGAUCGGUCUGCCACAUCUGACAACAAGAUCAAUAUGCGUAUCAACACGGUGCGACUGGAUUUGAUCGGCAAGGAUUGCAACGUUAUUUUGGAGACCAGUGCAUUCAAGCUUGUGAGCCGAGAUGAGGGUAUCGGCAUCGCCCUGCGCAAAAUUCAAGUCCAUGGACCGUACUCCAACGAAAGUGGCCCACAUCCACCCAUUUCGGUUACCAUCACCGGCUCGCGGAUUGAGUAUUCGAUGACUCCUAAGGAGGCUGACUUGGAGCGUCUUUUGGAGCUAAUAUCUCCGUCGAAGCUCAGAGACACCCCGGAUGAUGAUGAGAUCAUGGUUGACACCCUCCUUCGGCAGAGAAGAAAGGGCUCGGUCCUGCGACUUAAGUUCGACAAUGUUGCUGCUGACAUUUCGAAUAUUCCACAUCUUGGUUGCUUGCCAUCACUUGGUGAAGAUCUCGCUCGAUUAGGGACUGUUGCCAAGUAUCUUCCUGAGGACGACCGGCCGGGUCUCAUGUCACUGAUUCUUGUGCGAAAUGCCCACGUUUCUGUUGACGUCGGCGGGAGAUUUGGUGUCAUUUCGGCUUCAAUGGCUCAUUUCGAUGUGGCCCACGUCAGUGUACCGUCGCUGUUGGCGGUAGCAGCCAGAUCUCUCGAGGUUAACCGCAACCAGAUAGAAGAGCUGGUAGGGUCUUCUCUUUUGGCAUCACAUGGCGACGAGGAGACGCCUGUUCUAGUGAUACGUCUAAUCGGUGGUACUGUCGAGCCUACCAUAACAGUAAAGCUCCGCGGGCUCAACGUCGAGUACAGGGUUCCUACGAUUAUCGACCUCCUGAAUCUUGGCGAGGAUGCGACACCGCAGGAUUUCGAAGCCGGCCUCGCCGCCUCUGUUGCUCAAUUUGGAGAACAGGCUCACGUUGCUAUCUCGGGUACAUCUGCUAUAACAGCAGACUCGAGAACUAUCGGGCAGGACCGCCAAAAGCUACCUGUUGUUGAACUAUAUUUUCUUGAUUGUGUGGUUGGUCUCAAUCCUCUCGGCAUGACUUCCAAGAUGGGCAUUGUCCUCUCAGAUAGUUGCCUCAAGGUUUGGCUAGAGGAGAAAGGCGACGCCAAAGCAACCUGGCACAUCAAGCAGGCAUCAAUACUUUUGAUCGACGAUGUCGCUCUCCUUGACCCUGAAGGCAAGCAAAACGUCAAACGACAUGUACAUCGACCAUCAGAUCCCGUCAGCGCCAAGAUCUGGGACAUGGACUCUGUAUUGUGUGCUCAAGGAUUCGUUAGCAUUAGCCAGAUCCGCGCUGCCAUCAUACGGGUCAAAGCCAUACAGGACGAGGAUGGACAGCGUCUCAUUGACGUGGAGGUUCAAGACAAUUUCCUCGUUCUCGAGACAUGCGCCGAUUCCACUCAAACUCUGAUCGGUCUAGGCAACGCCUUGAAACCACCAACACCACCCAGCAAGGAGAACAAGUUCAAAACAGAGAUCGUUCCUAUUGAGGACAUGCUGGCAUCCAUUUCUCAGGACGCAUUCGGGAAAGCCGAAGGCGACUACAACUUUGACGAUGAUUUUGGAGAACCUGAGGAAUCCGAUUGGACUGAGGAUGACCUUGAUGAAGACUUGGAUAUUAUGGGUGCCUUGGGGUCGCAAGAUGAUGGACAGAACACACGACAGCUACUAUUCGACGCUACUUCAUCUUCGAUAAUGUCGGAUCGCACGACGACGCAAUACGCCAAUGACGAAGUCAUAUUCAGCGGUUUCAGCGAGAACCCCAGCCACGCCAACAGUCCCGAUAUGUCUGUCGAGAAUGCCUUCUUUGCAUCCGUCCCUGCCAGCGAAACCCCACAGCCCGAAUGGAAGUCAGCAAAGAUGCGAGAAGUUGUGCCCAAGGAGGCGACAAUAAAGAAGUAUCCCCUGAAAAUAAAGAUCAGGGACAUGCACCUCAUUUGGAACUUGUUCGACGGGUACGACUGGCAGCGGACAAGGGAGACUAUCGGCAAGACUGUGGAGGAGAUUCAGGCAAAAGCAUAUGAACGAAGAGCACGGAUGGACAGGCGAAUGGGUUAUCAUGAAGAAGACGGGCUUGAGGAGGAAGCUGUGAGUGACUUCUUGUUCAACUCGAUCUACAUCGGCAUUCCAUCACAUCAGGACCCUCGGGAACUAUCGCAGAACAUCAAUCAAGAGUUGUACGGCAUCAACCCUUCCGACACGGAAUCGGUCGCAACGACAGCAUUCACCACUACCACCAGCCGCAUGGGUGGACCAUCUAGACCAAAAGGGAAAAGGCUGAAGCUCACCAGGAGCAAGCACCACAAGAUCACCUUUGAGCUCAGUGGAGUCAACGCAGUAGUGCGCCUGCUAGAGCCGGGUUCUGAAGAGACGCAAAGCCUGAUAAGAGUGCACAUCCGCGAUCUCGAUGUGUACGACCACGUCCCUACGUCUACAUGGAAGAGGUUUGCAAUGUACGAUGAAGACCAUGGCCCGCGCGAGAUGGGAGUCCCAAUGGUCGACCUCAAGGUCCGCAUCGUCAGGCCUGUGCUCGACGUCACUGCCGAGGAAAUAGUGAUGUUUGUGAAUGUUCUUCCGCUACGACUGCAUGUCGACCAAGACGCUUUGGACUUCAUCACGCGCUUUUUCGGGUUCAAGGAUGACACAAUCAAAACGACAAGCUCUCCUAGCGACGUGCCCUUCAUCCAGCGCGCCGAGAUUUACGACAUACCGGUCAAGCUCGAUUUUAAACCCAAGCGCGUCGACUACGCAGGUAUUCGGUCCGGACGCACGACUGAGUUCAUGAACUUCAUCAUUCUUGACAACGCCAGCAUGGUGAUGCGGCAUGCGAUCAUUUAUGGAGCACUGGGUUUUGAGCGGUUCGGUGAGAUGCUCAACGACGUUUGGAUGCCCGAGAUCAAGCGUCACCAGCUGCCUGGUGUUCUUGCCGGUCUAGCACCGGUACGGUCGCUUGUUGAUGUUGGCAGUGGUUUCCGCCACCUUUACGAGAUUCCCAUCCGCGAGUACAAACGAAAUGGUCGGGUUGUCCGUUCGAUUGGCAAAGGCGCGGCGGCAUUUGCCCGCACUACUGGCACUGAGUUGAUUAAACUAGGGGCCAAGGUGGCGAUUGGAACACAAAACAUGCUCCAGGGUGCCGAGGGCCUUCUCGUCGAAACCCCAGAGCACAAUAGGUAUGGAGUUGCGGGGCCAUCCACGGUGCAAAGACCAGGUGAAUGGGAGGAGAUCGACGACUCGGAAGAGGAUAUCCGCCACCAAAUCUCACUGUAUGCAAACCAGCCCACGGGUGUCAUCCAAGGGCUGCGUCAUGGGUACAGAAGUCUUAGCCGCGACAUUAGCAUCGCGCGGCAGGCCAUCAUUGCGGUGCCAGGUGAAGUGAGGGAGAGCUCAAGUGCAACAGGUGCGGCCAAGGCCGUUCUCGAAAAGGCGCCGAUUUUCAUCUUCAGACCCGCAAUAGGGGCUACGAAGGCUAUCGGUCAAACGCUUCUGGGGGCGACAAACAGUCUAGAUCCGCAAAACCUUCGGCGCAUGGACAAUAAAUACAAACCGGACCCUAAAUCCUAGCGGGCAAGCUGGAGAAUGUGAAAGGCUUGGAUGUGCCAGCAUGUGAUGUCCUUUUUAUUUGUUUGUUUUUUUUCUCACGUGGAGCCCUACUAAGGGUCUACUAAGGGGAGGAUUCUUAUAUCGGAGAGAUCAGUGAUGAUCAGAACCUUAUGGAAGGUACCAUUCUUUCGGACUGCUUUUUCUUACCUAAGCGACACGCAUAAGGCGUUCUACGGAUUAUAUCGGCGGGUUGCUUGCUAUAUUUUGUACAUGUUUUGUUUUCGCAUUAUAUCCGGCGUCAUCACCUUCCUGGGCGGGUAGGAGUACAGGGCAUAUCUAGUUCUGAUUUUGUACGAGAUGCAGAUUGCUAACAUAGAAGAACAAAUCAUUGCUCUAGUA